CACAAAAGCCGUACAAUCUUUAAAGCAUUAUUGAAACAAUCACUAAGUUCAAAGGAAUUUUUUGAUGUGUGUUCUUCUUUAUGUGACGAAUGCUCUUCGGCCACGAGCCAACGUGUGGAUUGAGUUGAUGACAUUCAACAGGAUUGGAAUAUUUUGAAAAAGAUUCAUACGUUUUGCUUGGUAUCUUAUAUUUUCGUUUCUCAAGAAAAGAUGGAAAGAACGCGCGAGGAUAUUUUAAAGGACAUCGUCUUGGAUUGGCGUGCUCUCAAACCCAGAAGACAAAAGCGAAGGCGAUUCAAAGAAUAUCAAGAACAAUUACUAAAGGAGAUCCCCGGGGCGGCGGAUAGAACUAACGUUGCUAUGCAUGCUGUCAUUGACGUAUCAACGGCCGCAGGAGAGACAUUCACAAGUGGAAUGGGAGCGACCACCGAAAUUCGUAACCAGGCUCUUAUUCAUUACAUUGCGCGGCUUGCAAGCUCGAACAACGACGAAGAUGAAUUUGAUUUUUCAUUCAUCGAGUCGCUCUUGGACAACGGAGCAGACAUCAACACAUGUGAUAAAUAUGGACAAACGAUGUUUCAUGAAGUUGCACGCUCAUGGAAUGUCGAUGUCGCACGUUUCCUGCUCAACAAAGGUGCUAAUAUAAACGCUCAAGAUAAAUACGGUCGAGCCCCGCUUCAUGUUGCUGCUGCUGUGGACUACACGGACAUGAUAGAGUUCCUUCUUGAGCACAAAGCUGACUUAGACAUCACCACGUUUGAAGAAUUUCAGACCCCAAUCCAUUUUGCUGCUAAGAACGACGCUUGCCAAGCCAUUAAAUUGUUGAUUAAUUAUGGUGCAAAUGUCAACUGUAGGGAUUAUCAAGACAGAACGCCUAUCCAAGUGGCUGCUUCAAUGAGUCGAACAAAAGCCGCGCGGUUUCUUGUCGAGUUGGGAGUAUCUACUGGUGUUUACGACCGUAAUGGAGAAAUGGCAUUGUCCUUGCUUAUCUUAAAAAUGCCAGAGGUAGCAACGCUUGCUUUUGAUCAAUUUCGUUCCCAGGACAUGAUCAACAGAAAGGAGUAUAACUUCCUUAACUACAUCGAGGGUCCACGUCUUCUCGAGAAAGAUCCACGCGCGAACAAGGCACGUUCGCCUUUGGAAGUAGCAAUUCAGUACGAACAAUACAGUAUUGUUAUGCAUCCCGUAAUGAAAAGACUCAUAAACGUGAAAUGGGAAUUUUUUGGUAAAAAUGGUGCGAGGAAAGAUCUUGUUAUAAACUUCCUUUUUGCUUUCAUGUGGACUAUAUUGGAAUAUCAAUGCCGAUGGAAGCAUCCCAGCUGUACUGGCCUCUAAAGUAAGUUCAGUAAGUUCAUGUAGAAAGAAUUUGUUCUUUUGUUCGUAUAUUGUAUUUUAUGCGAUA